AGCCUACCUGUUGGUCUGACGUCGGGCCCCGGCUGAUCGUGGACCUGAUCGCGGAGUUUGGGGCUUAAAACCGACUGAACCCGGAGCGGAUGAGGAACCUAAACAUGUUUCUACGGUUAUUAGUUUGGACUGCUCUGGCCGCGUACCGCGGGGCGCCGACCUGCGACGGAUUUAACGUGGAUGUGAAGUUUCCUGUGGUCAAACAGGGGAAAACCGCCGGCAGCUUGUUUGGGUUCUCGGUGGCUCUGCACAGACAGACCAAGGGCUCCGACAGAUAUCUGCUUCUCGUCGGGGCGCCCAAAGAAAAAGCAGAUUCUCUUCCAAACGUCAACGAAACGGGCGCCGUGUACGCCUGUCCAAUCAGCGAAGACCCCACAGACUGCACCAGGAUUUCUCUGAUCACAUCACCUGACCCGUCGGAGGUAGUGGAGGGCAUGUGGCUGGGCGUGACGGUGGCCAGCCAGCGGAGCCUGAAGGAGGGACGCGUGCUGGCGUGUGGCCAUCGUUACGUGAAGAUCAGCAUAGGCCAGUGGCGGAUGAUCGGAAAAUGCUACGUAAGGAGCAACGAUCUGACCUUGGACAACAGCGAUGACUGGCAAGCUGAUACUUAUGAGCGCUGUAACCCUGCAAACGACCACAAGAAGGACGGGGUGUGCAACCUGGGCAUCUCCGGUGGCAUAACUGAGACCGACGUCGUCCUCGGCACCCCGGGAAGCUAUAACUGGAAAGGGAAUGUCCAUCUAACCUGGAGAGAUCCAAAUCCAGACAACUUUGGGAACAUUAUUCAGAAAACAAUAGCUGACGAGAAUAAAAACAACAUCUAUAUAGGUUAUUCAGUUCUCGAGGAGCGAAAACUGCUGAGUCGUGACCAUCACACUGUUGUGACAGGGUCCCCCAGGGAUGAGUCCAAAGGCUCCGUGAUGUUGGGAGAACAGACUCAGGACAAAAUCCAGAUAAUUCAGACCAUCCUGGGAGAACAAGUGGGAUCCUACUUCGGGAGCAGCCUGGCUGCCACCGACCUCAACAAUGAUGACUGGAACGACCUCAUUGUUGGAGCUCCGUUUUACUUUGACCGCGGCGCAUUGAAGGGAGGAGCUGUGUACAUUUUCAUGAAUGAGAACGGCUCUUUCCAGAGUACCUACACCAUGAUGCUGACCGGUGAGGCCUUCUCCGGGUUCGGCACUGCAGUGGCUGCCAUCGGCGAUGUCAAUCAAGACGGAUUUCAAGACUUUGCAGUAGGAGCUCCUUUUCAUGGAACAGGAAGGCUCUACAUCUGGAUGGGAAGUAAAACUGGAGUCUCCCAGGAGCCCAGUCAGAUAAUUGAGGGAAAUUCACUGAUCAAAGGCAAAUUCCAAACCUUUGGUUACUCCAUAAAUGCAGGCAUGGACACGGACAACAAUGGCUACCCGGACAUCUUAGUUGGCUCACUCGAUGAGCGCGUAGUUCUUCUAAGAGCUCGGCCUGUCAUUCACCUGACCACUGACUUCUCUGCUGAGCCCAAGAUAGUGGAUCCUCAGAACUGUCCUGCAGCUAAUCCAUGCAUCUCGGUGACUGCGUGCCUGUCGUUCACGCUGAGCAACGGAAACAAAGACUUUAAGAAAAAUAUCAAGAUUCCUUGCGAAGUUGAAGCCGACACGCUGUACAGUAAAAAACCUCGAGUCCAAUUCCAAAACGGUGUCAAUAAAUUCAUCAUAACUCUGACCCAGCCGUCUUCUAGUCCCGUCUGUCAGGUCCUGAAACUAAGUGUUGAGGACCGUGUGAAGGACAAGCUGGAACCGGUGAUCUUUUCCCUCAACAUAACGUUACCGGAGCAGGAUGGCGAAGCCAGAAGCAUCGAGGAUCUCUACCCCACUAAAAGUCCAAAGCAGAAACUCACCCAGAGAACUGAGAUAAACUUUCAGAAGACGUGCGGCUCAGACAAUAAAUGCAGCAGUAACCUGCAGCUGUCUGCAGAGUUUGCUUACAAUAACAGAACCCUGAUCCCCAGGAAGAAGAACGUUCAGGUGCUCCAGUUCGACAAGAGUUUGAAAAGAAUAAAGCUGCUGGUGGUGGUUACCAACUUUGACUCGCCUGGAAAGAAGGCGGAGGACGCCCACCUGGCCAUGCUCAACGUCUCCUUGCCCAACGUAAUACAGUACUCCGGCGUCAGAUCUGACAACCCUGACGUAGAAUGCCGCUUUGAUGCGACAGUCAUGUGUGAGCUGGGGAAUCCACUAAAGGCCAAAGAAAAGGUGUCGCUGCAGCUUCUAUUCGAGACUUCGGGCAUCGAUCUGUACACGACGGCCAUAGAGAUUCAGCUGAUGUUAUCAACUCUCAGUGAGCAGAGUGACCUGAGGCCGGCCACCGCAGCCCUGCAGAUCGAAAGCGUCAUCAAACCCUCCUUUUUCCUGAAGAACUUUGUAGAGACUAGAUUUGGAGGCACAGUGAAGGGAGAGUAUGCUAUGCGCAACACCAGUGACGUCGGCAGUCUGGUGGAGUUCACCUUGAAAGUGGACAUGCAUGACGAGCCUCUGGGAGACAUGGGGACCCUUGCAGUAGAGUUUGAUUGGCCUCUUGAAGUGGCCAAUGGCAAAUGGCUGCUGUACCUGACAAAGAUUGUUGUUAAAGGAGAAUCAGAAAUGGAUUGCAUCCCUGCCGGAGUGAUCAAUCCCCUGAACCUAACUUUGUCGGAGAGCCAACCCAGGCAGGCCAGGUCCAAACGGCAGACUGACGAGAAUGACACUGAAGAGAAAGUUUCUCUCCAAACCAUUGAGUCGCAGGCGGCAAUCACCCCGCUCUCCCCUCGGAAAACCUACGUUUUGGACUGCACUGUGGGGACGGCGAGAUGCGUGAAGUUCACCUGUCCUCUGCUCAACAUGUCCAGGACGGCAGAGAUUCGGGUCCGCUCUCGCUUGUGGAACGGCACCAUGUUGGAGGACUAUCCCAACGCUCUGAAUGUUCGUGUCAAAGUUAAUGCCACACUGAAGCUCAUCACGGAUAAACCGACCAUCAAGAUGGACGCUUACAAUCUGCUUUUUAGAGUGGAUAUAGAGCCGGAGGAAAGCGUGGAGAUACCCUACGAGCUCCCGCUGUGGAUCAUCAUCUCUGCAGCAGUAGCAGGACUUUUGCUUCUAGGAAUCAUCAUCCUUAUCCUGUGGAAGUGUGGGUUCUUCCAGAGGGCUAGCAGGAGGGAGAUGUAUGAGGCCAAAGCCCAGAAGGCUGAGAUGAAGAUCCAGCCCUCAGAGACAGAAAAGAUGAUUGAGGACUACUAAGGCCUCCAGGUGUUUUUCCGACAGCACUCACCAAUGGGGCCUUUUGCGUGGGUUCUUCAAGCGAGCCAUCUACUACCGGGUAAUGCCAAAGCACCGUGGUGUGAGAAUUCGCAGAGCUGAACGCUAUCAGUUCCAUCUGGGAUUUCAGCCAGAGGAGCCACAGAAAAAGUACUGGAUGACCAGCUGGACAGAGACGCAGCACUGCUACUACUGAUGCCUUUGAACCCCUUACUGCCACAGACAACACUGGGCCUGACUGGGCCUCAUUGGGCCUGACUGGGCCUGACUGGACCUGACUGGGCUGCAAGGACUUCAGUGCAUGGACCUACUGUGGACAGUGCAUUUCCUGUUUUUUUGUUUUUUUUGUUGUUGCUGUUGUUGUGUUUUUUCUCAAUUAGUAUUCCAUUUCCUGAACUUUUUCUGUGCAAUAUGCAGAACAUUUGGAGAGAUUGUAAUUUGUUAAGUAUUUUUUGUUGAAUGCAGUGUUGUACACUGAAACCCAUGUUGCAUCCAGAGGGAAACUUUUGUUGUAUUUUUAGGUAUUAAUGCGUCAAAUCUGCAUGUAACUUUUUUAAACAUGUUUUUUUUUUCUCUUUUUUUGCUCAGUCUCUGAACAUCUCUCCCCUAAAAGACAUGGGGGGGAAAUAUUUUGCGUUACCUUGCAGAGGUGUUGCAUUCACACACAAUACGUUUUUAAGUGUAUUUAGAAGACAGAUCCUGAAUACUGAAAGUAAUUCUCUAAAAUCUUACAUAUUUUCUUCUUUUUUUCUGAUUAAUGCAUCAGGUUUCCAUCCUUACUCUAAAAUAUAAACAUGACAGAAACUUUCCGUCAUGAUGGAAAGAAAAAUGUGCAAAUAUUUUGACCAAAAUAUUGGCGAGUGUACUUAUAUACAAGUUUAAAUUGGGUGUAUUUGCAAAGUUAUUGUGUGGGAACACACAAUCUGCAAUACAAUGCAAUACUUUUACAAGGUAAUACAUGAGAAAAAACUUUCCUUAUGUCCCUUAGGAGGCUCCGUACUUUUGUGCAUCGUUAUUGUUUGCUUUCAAAAUAACCUCCAAACAGGUCUUGGAGGCCUAGAUUUUAUAUUUUGACAACAUCCACUCCGUUAUGAGUUGUUGACUGUCUUUGCUUGAAUGUCAAUGAUGGGAAAGCAUCACAAAGUCUUAUAAUCCUCAGAUGCAGGAUUAUUUUUGUUAUAUUUCUGGCUUUAUAUUGAUUAUGUCACUCACAAUUUAAUUGUCCCUCAUAAUUCCCACAUCAGGGUUCACCAAAUGGGCAGACGACACUUGAUUUUUAAUUUAUUGCACCACGCUGAGCUAACACAAUAAACAGAUGCUAUGUUGAUAUCUUAAGUAUCUCAAACAGGGAGUCUGAACACUGGAAAUGCUAUUUGAUUGUGAGGGUGUAGAUGAAAUUGUACAUAAUAGUGAGUUAAACUGACUGAAUGAAAGCAUGCAUUUGGCCUUUACUCUCGUUUUUCCAUAUGAAACUGUCGACCAACACUGGAACCAUAAAUUUCGACUGCAGAAAUGGUCUUUAUGUGAUAAAAUGUCCCGUGGAACAGUUAAGACAAUAAAUCAUUUCUGAAUUAAUUUUUCACCAUUAGUUUCUAACACUCAGUAAUGGGAAUAAACUGUGGAGCAGCAUCUUGAGGUUCAAGACAAGAAAUCUUUCUUGUUUUAACGAGAUGUAAAUCUUAUGUUGAUUUUGAUGUAAAUCCCUUCUAGUCUAAAACAGAAAGGUAUUCACAGUAAAUACCUCUUGAAGUAUCAACAGGGUGAGAAGAAGGAUUCAGAGGGAAACCUAUAUGCUUUUUAAGACGUCACAAACUGUCAGAGGAGCAUAUUUUAUAUACAAAAAUGAGAAACUUCCUCACUAUAAUAGGUUGUAUGUUUGGUUAAUAUGUGAAAGUUUCUGCUCCUGCCUAGUUCUGGCAGUUAAAUGCCUCCAUAUAAAUGUGACCAUAUAUUGUACAAUUCAUUUGAUAAAUACAUUGUUAAAGCUUGUCCAAGCUGUCUGUACAAACGUUGUACUUUUGACAUUUCUCGAGGCUCGUCGCUAUGCUAAGCUCUUUGGUUAUGCUAAGCUAAGCCGAGCUUUACAGUCCACUGUUCCUGCUUUUGGCCACACCCUCAAAGGAAGGGGAACCAAUCACAGUCGCCGCUCACAGCUGGGCUUUGGAGUUACGUCAACUUCCUGAAGCAUCGCGAGAUCAUCUCCGCCUUCCGUUCAAACAGUGGAGGAGAUGGAGAACCGCGCGCUCAGGAUGACCGUAUCUUAGCUUUUCUGCCAGUGUUGCUGUUUGUGGAAAUAAAGAAUGUCUCUUCUGUU